UAUAGAUCUGUGAUAACGAGCAUUUAGACUGUUAUGAUAAACGAAGGUGUUAUGAGGACUUAAUAGGAAGAUAUUAGAUGGAAACUAGGAAGAUAACAGUUGUAGGCUCUAAAUUCGUGAAAUUAGAAAAAAGAUUGAUAAGCUAUCAGUAGCGGACCAGGGCUACAGGAAUUCAGUCCGCAAAAGCAUGGUUACUUUAAACAAUUUGAAGAAAACUGAUGACUGAAACUGAUGAAAACUUUGAAUAAUGAUGCUGUUGAAAAUUAUGAUUACUGAAACUGAUGAAAUUUGAAAGCGAUACAACUGUCCGGUGUGUAAAAGAGAAGCAGGGUGCAGAAGGAAGGCAAGCGAGCACAGAUUGCAACAUUAAAGCUUAGAAGACGAGUAAAAUAUUAAAACUUUAAAACGACGAGCUCGCGAUGACCGUGACGUGGAAAGAGGUGCCCAACAAGGGCAGCGACGAUGAAGACGAUGAGGAGGAUGACGAGGGCCAGCAGAGCUUCGCUGGGGAUCGUCGGUACCAACAAACUUUGAUGUAUGGCAUGUAUCGUAAAGAGCUCAGCGAGUUCGCUAAGCAAGAGGCCAAGUUAGCCAAGAAAGAAGCCAAGAGACUAAAAAAAAUCGACCCCACAGGUCUCAGGCCACGACGCAACUGGCUGCGGAGGUGGCUGGCGAACGGUCGCCAUAGUGGCUGGAAAUUCUUCACAGUUUUCCUAGGGAAAGGAGACUGGGCCUUCCUACUCACCCUAGGCCUACUCAUGGCGUGUAUAUCUUUCAUCAUGGACAUGGGCAUCGCGGCCUGCACUAAAGCGCGGCUGUGGGCGUUCGAUGAGCUGACGACGGGAGUGGCGCUGCAGUACCUCGCCUGGAUCGCGCUGCCCGUGCUGCUGGUGCUCUUCUCGGUCACGUUCGUACAGUUCGUCGCCCCGCAGUCCAUCGGGUCCGGGAUCCCUGAGAUGAAGACCAUCAUGAGGGGCGUGGUCCUCAAGGAGUACCUCACAUGGCGGACACUCGUUGCUAAAGUCGUCGGCCUCACCGCCACUCUCGGGUCCGGUCUGCCACUCGGCAAGGAGGGUCCGUUCGUGCACAUCGCGAGCAUCGUUGCGGCGCUACUGACGCGCGUGGUGUCCACGUUCAUGGGCAUGUACCAGAACGAGUACCGCAAGACUGAGAUGCUGGCAGCUGCCUUCGCCGUCGGGGUCGCCUGCUCAUUUGCUGCUCCCAUUGGAGGUGUGCUCUUCAGCAUCGAGGUCACUUCAGUGUACUUCGCCGUGCGCAACUACUGGCGCGGUUUCUUCGCCGCAGUGUCCGGAGCGGUCAUGUUCCGCCUCCUUGCCGUAUUCUACUACGGACAAGAAACCUUGACUGCUUUGUUCAAGACGAACUUCAAACCAGAUUUUCCAUUCGACCUGAAGGAGAUAUUUGCUUAUAUGUUCCUCGGUUUAAUCUGCGGACUGCUGGGGGCGCUAUUUGUAUUCGUGCAUCGGAAUUACGUUCUUUUUAUGCGACGUAACAAAAAAGUUAAGAUCUUCCUGCAGAAAUAUUCAUUAGGUUUUAAGGUGACGGAUCUGUUCAGCAACUUCACAUGGGUGAGCGAGCAGCACAGUCCCGAGGAGUUCGAGAUCGUCGAGAACUGGAGGACGCCAUGGACCGGCAUCUUCAUCAACCUCUCCUUGUACAUCGUUUUUACUUUUUUCUGGUCGAUGAUCGCGAGUACUCUGCCGGUGCCAUCGGGCAUUUUCAUCCCGGUCUUCAAGAUGGGCGCCGCUGUAGGAAGACUUCUGGGCGAGUUCAUGGCGUAUGUUAAUCCUACGGGCAUCGGCUCUGGCAAGCUUGUUCACUCCGUUAUUCCAGGAGGAUACUCGGUGGCAGGAGCUGCGGCCUUUGCAGGCGCUGUGACGCACACCAUCUCCACGUCCGUCAUCGUCUUCGAGCUCACGGGACAGAUCACGCAUCUUCUACCCGUCAUGAUAGCAGUAUUGAUCGCAAAUGCCGUAGCAAAUUUGCUGCAACCUUCAGUUUACGACUCGAUUAUCCGUAUCAAGAAUCUACCAUACCUACCAGACAUCCUCUCAUCAGCAGCAGACGCGUACGACAUUUUUGUUGAGCGCUUUAUGGUGAAGAAUGUGAAGUACAUUUACUACGGCAUCACUUACAAGCAGCUCAAAGACACGCUGCUCCAAUCUCGUAAAAUUCGCGCACUACCUCUUGUCGACUCGCCAACAUCAAUGAUCCUGUUGGGGUCUAUCCAGCGCGACGCCCUCAUCUCGCUGCUGCAGGCAAAGCUCGAGCGCUACAAGACCAGCGAGCAGUUCUCCGCGGCCUGGAGGCUAGCUGCUAAAAAAGCACUGGAAUCUCAGCCUAACAGAAAAACUCCAAUCAAGAGCUUCUUCGACUUCACUCCUCAGCCGCCGUCUCCCUCUCCUAACAAGCUCAAGAAUGCUCACAGGAGUCGACGGUUAUCAAGCAGUCUUGAGGACCUUCGUGUUAUGCGCAAGACCUUCAAAAAUCGACCCGGGGACGCGAGACUAUCGUCGCAUACAUUUAGCAGUCUUGAGGACCUUCGUGUUAUGCGCAAGACCUUCAAAAAUCGACCCGAGGACGCAAGACUAUCGUCGCACCGCGAGGAGGUGGCCACCGUCACUCGCUCGUCCUCAACAGAAGCCCUGACCACCUCCAGCGUCCGAGCGCAGUCGCAGGCGUCAAGCGACCGCCCGGCGCUUGAAUACGCAAUAAAUAGCGCGUUUACCAUCCCUGUUGAGGACCCGGUAGAGUCGCAUUUGGUGGCGGCAGUAGAAAACGACCAAGAAAAUACCCACAGCAAUCCCGAGCUGACCAUGAAUCCUUCAACGAUAGCUACCGGCCUCAUGACCCCAGGUACCGAAGACACUGCGUCGUUACCAAAUAUAGUCGAAAUUUCAGCGGAUAACCGGCACAUUCUACCUGAUCAACAGCGCCCUACAGCUACCCAAAGCCCUGCUAACGCUACGCUAGAGUCUAUGCAUCAAAAUGCAGGAAAACGUAGAAAAAAUUCAAGGUUCGAAGUCACAAGAGUUAUUUCGCCCAUUGGCACGUCACUUGAAGUUGGAAAUCAGACGACAUUUUUUCCUGAAGAUGUUGAGGAUAAAGCCAUCCCAGUCGGAGGAUCUGUGGAAAAUGACUGUGGAGGAAAGGAUGGUCAAAAUAACAUAAAUACUAGAUUCAAAACUUGCACCGCAGUGACCGGUGAAAACAUUCAGGAAGCAAAAAGUAUCGAUGUUACAAUUACAACGAAUCUUAAGCAUACGGAAGCUGACACGUGUGAGGAUAUGGCUGUGCAAGAAAAUGAAAUGGCACAGACGCCACCGUCUGACUCUUCUGCCGUCGAUGUUCCCACAGAAAGCAAUGGUGAUGAGGACCCACAUGCCUCAGGAGAUCCUGUGGUCCUUCGGAAGAAGAGGUCAGAUCGCUCGACUCAGCCACGCAAGAGCAUCCUCAAGAAGACGACCAACAACGUCCUGGAAUUAGAAGAUAAUUCAACGAACUCCACCAUACAACGGAGACCCUCGUAUGCCACGUUCCACGGUGAUCCUUCCAAAAACUGGCGCUCAGCUAUGGAUGCUUUACGGAGAAAAAUGAUGCCUAACGACACACCCACUGGCAGCGUUAAAUCCAACUUAUCUUUGCGCUGGAAGCAGGUGAUGGAACAGUCGUCGCAAGAGCAGGCGAAGUGGGAGGAGAAAGCCUACAAGGAGACCGUGGAUUUUUCCUCCUGCCCCAUCGACCCCUCACCGUUCCAGCUGGUCGAGAGUACCUCACUACUUAAGGUACACUCGUUGUUCUCGAUGUUGGGUUUGGGUCAUGCCUACGUCACGGUGCUCGGGCGGCUUAUCGGCGUGGUCUCGCUCAAGGAAUUACGGGCAGCCAUCGAAGCCAUCAACAACGGCACCCCGCAGCCCAACGACGACGUCGGUCCCGACGAAGGCGUCGACGCCGACGACGAAGAAAGCAACGUCGGGUUCACCACACAGAAUUUGGCGCUCGAAGAAUCCGAGAGCGACUCUGAUGAAGUUGUUGGGGAUCGACUAUAGCUGUUGCAGUUGAAAUUAAAUUAUGUGUUAUAGUACGCAACGCUCUGUGCUUCUGAUAGGCUAGUGAAAUUCAAGCUUGAAAUUGGGAUGUUUGCCGAAUAGGCAAAUCAUGACAGAAUAAAUUAAUUUAUGCUGAUUGAAAAGUUGCGAAAAAUGGAAAAUCUAUUCGUGAUUAUUAAUGUCAUUUUUGUCUCACUCCAAGUUUGGCAGCUGAUUAUAUUGUAUUGAAACAGAAAUGUAAUAAUAAAUUUUAUUCCUAAGUUCCUGGCUCCGGACAAAUUUCUUACGACUUAUGUCAUGUAUAUAUUUUGGUCAAUCUUCUAGUAGAUUAGUUACAUUUUCAUACACUUGCAAAUUUUUACUUCUCCAUUCAACUGAUGCAAGUGUAGAAUUUCAUCAGUUGGCACUCGAAUGGAAUCGUUUGCCCUGGGCAGAAUAUAUGUAUAUUUUUGCAUUGAAGAAGUAAUUCUCUUUUAUAAACUACUUAGACGCAAAAAUACUGGCCGACAAACUAUUCAGAAGACCUGAGACGAUAGAAAGCUUAGUGAAUAUUAAACUUGCGAUUGUAUGUGCUCAUAUCCUGUCAUAUCUAUACUACUGCUGUAACGCGAUGCUAAUAACGUCGACGACUUAUAAAUCACUACUUACAGCACUUAUGUCACCCCGUUCCUUAAUUAAUACUUAGUAAACAGUCAUCGCUCAUCGAUGGUCUGUUAUUCGCUGGAGUAAAAUAGUGCAUAGCGAACAUAGAACCCUAUUUUUUUGUUGUCUACCUAAAAUAUUAGAGUUAUUAACAUAAUAUUGUUGUUAAGCAAUAAUAUUAUACAACAAUAUUAUGAAAUACUGAACGCUUUGAUUUAUUGAUUGUAACAUGAUCAUAAUUUGCUAGGAUUGAACGAACGUUCUGUCGAUUUUGCAUGAUUUUUUUUAUUUAGUGACCGCCGU